AUGGCCGAAGGCAUCUACUUCUCAGUUGUCCAGGGGGCACGGGCCAGUGCUUUGAUGUUUCACGCCUGCUUCGCCCGUCGUCGCCUGAAUCAAUUCUUCAGGCCCCUUCGGCUGACCCUCCUGCAUCCGCAUCCCUGCAUCUCCGUGGCGUUCGAAGAGGUCGGACGGAAUUCGUUUGUCAUCGUUCUCACUCCAUGCCUGGCUUUGGGGCCGGCCAAUCGCCUCUUGUGUCAGCAGCACACCAGUUUUGUUAGUCUAUCUAAGGACGUUGACAUUGGAUUCCGCUUGGCUUUCUCAAAAAAUUUUCAAUCCGAGAGUGGGUGA